UACAAUACACCACACCAAACGUACAACAGUAACAUGGGUGUGUUGUAUUAUAUUUUAAUCAGCUUGUCUACCACAUGUACUUUUUAUAUUGUAUUUAUUUGAAAUGUUGAAAUUAUAAUACUAAAUGCAUUUUUUUUAAUCAUUAUAGUUUUUUAUAGUUAGGUGCAAACACAAGCAUGACUUCCUUAAUCUAAAGAGGAAGCUCUCGUACAUGAUGGCGGUGGUGAUGCAGCUGGUCUUCUUUCUCUUCAUCUUGGUCUCAAUUACAGCGUCUCAAAAUGUGUUUAAGCUGAUUAACAGUUCUGUUCAACUGGAUGUACAAACAAAAGGUUAUCAGUUCCUAGACUUCACAUGGACAUUUAACAAAAGUAAUAACAUUGUGAAACACUAUAAAAAUUCUCCAAGUAUAGUAUUCCCUGAUUAUGAAGAGAGAGUGGAGUUGAAUGAGAAAACCCAUAGUCUGACCCUGAAGAACUUGCAGAAGAAUGAUAAUGGACUCUAUGCAGCAACAGCUGCAUUUACACAAAACCUGAAAGUGGCCGAGUACCAAUUAUAUGUGUUAGAUCCAGUGGAGAAACCAGUCCUUAAUGUCUCUCCCCAGCAAAGCAAUGAUGCCUGUAUUGUGACUCUUACCUGUGAAGCUCAGAAACUCUCAAUCACCUCUCACUGCUACAGUGAUAAUUGUGAUAUGAAGGAAGAGAAAAUGGCUAGAGAUGCGUUCCUUUCCCUCUCAUUGUAUGUCAGUAACAGCUUCAUUAUUUGUAAUCAUAGCAACCCAGUCAGCUGGAAAUAUACAGCUGUGGAGAUGCAACAUGUGAAACAACUCUGCCUUCCUGAAGGCGUAAGCAUGCACACAUUCUGCAUGGGGUAAAUUUAAAUAUAAGUAAAAUGUAAAUUCUUUAUUAAUGUAUUAUCAAUAAUUGAUACUCAUGGUAUUAUUCAAUGAUUAGGAUUAAAUAUCUCUGUCACUUAUGUGUUAAGAUGAUUGGAUAAAUGUCAUCUUUGUCUCUGUAUCUGUUUAGUACUCCAAAUAUAUGUACCUAUAUCUGGAUUAACCCCGAUGUGGGCAUGGUGUGACUUGUUUAGCACACCGAGAUGUAAAUAGCAGGAAAUUAAAGCUGAAAUUCUGUUCUA